AUGAGCUCAAGGCGGGUGGUGGUGGAUGUGCCCACAGGCGCCAGCAGUCCCCUCCAGAGGCACAGGGCAUCCCUCAGGGGAACGCAGUCAUCGCCCUCCCUGGAUAGCCCCCCAGCCUCCAGGACCAGUGCCACUGGUGGCCUCAUCCAAGCUCCCAGGGUCUAUGUAGGGAUGACCCCCAGUGGGUACACAGGAGGCCUGGGUGCCCGCGUGAGCCGCCGAGCCUUGGGCAUCAGCAGUGUCUUUCUGCAGAGCCUAUGGAGCUCAGGCCUGGCCACAGCACCUGCUCCGGGCCUGGAGCAGGACCUUGAUGCCGUUGAAGACCUGGGGGCCUGCCUGGUGGAAUACAUGGCCAAGGUGCAUGCCCUGGAGCAAGUCUGCCAGGAUCUGGAGGCACAACUGCGAAUGCACCUGGAGAGCAAGGCUGGGCGCUCAGAGAGCUGGGGCACCCUCAGGGCCGCCUGGACCAGCAGCUGCCAGCAGGUGAGCGAGGCAGUCUUGGAAAACGCCCGGCUCAUGCUGCAGACAGAGAAUAUCCAGGCGGGUGCAGACGACUUUAAAGACAGAUAUGAAAAUGAGCAGCAAUUUCGAAAGGCAGUGGAAGAGGAAAUUAACUGUCUCCAUAAAGUCAUCGAUGAAGCUAACUUGACAAAAACGGAUCUGGAAAGUCAAAUCGAAAGCCUGAAAGAAGAACUUGGUCUUCUAUCAAGGAGCUAUGAAGAGGACGUGAGAGUGCUGUAUAGACAGUGGGCUGCGUCUGAGCUAGAAGUGGACGUCCCCAUUGGCACUGAUCUGGACGACAUCCUUGAGACCAUCAGAGUUCACUGGGAGAGAGAUGUCGAAAAGAGCCGGAUGGAGGCAGGAGCCUCGCUCCAGGCCAAGCAACAGGCAGAGGUGGCCCCCUUGGCCCAGACCCAGGAGGAGAAGCUGGCUGCUGUCCUCAGAGUGGAGUUACACAACACUUCAUGCCAGGUGCAGAGCCUCCAGGCUGAGACAGAAUCCUUGCAGGCCCUGAAACGAGGCCUGGAGGACACCCUGCAGGACGCCAGGCACUGGCACGACCUGGAGCUGCAGAGCCUGGGCGCGGUGGUCAGCAGGCUGCAGGCGGAGCUCCGGGAGGCGCGCGCCGACGCCGAGCAGCAGCUGCGGGCUCGGGAGCACCUGCUGGCUCGCAGGUGCCAGCUGCAGAGGGACGUGGCCUCCUACCACGCCCUGCUGGACAGGGAGGCGAGCCGGUGA